AUGCAUAUUUUGUACUCAAUUCUUGGCCUUUUUGCAUUUGUAAGGUACUCGAUUGGACUGCUGGAGGAUGUACAAGCUUCCCUAAGUGAGCAAACAUCGUUUGAUGAGUACAUCAAUAAAUCAUUACUUUGGGCCCCUUAUAGAUCAAACUGCUACUUCGGAAUCAGGCCACGAAAUGUUAACAAAAGCCCGUUUAUCUUAGGGCUAAUGUGGUUUGAUAAUUCCGAAUUGAAUGCGCUCAACGGCAUAAGGCAUUUUGUUGAACAAGGUGAUAAACUAGCUAAAUAUGGGUGGGAGGUCUAUGAUCCAAGAAUUGGUGGUAAACAGAUUUUCAUAGAUCAGCAUAAUAACCUUAACCUAACUGUUUAUUUCACGAAGAACCAUGAAGGCGAUAAUUGGGCAAUCAGAGUGAAAGGUGAGCCUCUCGAUAAGACUAAGAAAACGACAACCUCAGUCGUUUUAUAUUUCAAUCAAAAUGGCGAGGAUGGCAUUUCAAAAAUAGUUAAGACCCUUGAUGUUGAUAACUCUUUGCAAUUUGAAGGAUUUUCGAAGGAGUUGGGCUCCUACGAGCUUUCAAUAAGAGACAAUCACGGUGAGUAUUAUGCAGAUCCUAAUCUGCCUACCAUGGAAGUAGUUUCAGGCUGUGACAGUUCUAGGGUAGCCCAUGUAUCUUUGAAAGUUCCGGAUGAUAAUGUUUGGAUGGCCAAAGACGUUUUUAAUUCACUGCUGGCAGAUUCUGUUAGAGCUAUUGUUCAGGAGAAGGGAACAGCGAACAUUUCUCCUUCGUUAAAUCCCAGUUUAUUCACUAUACGAAACCUUUACAGUUUCCCUGCUGGAAAUUUUCAUUACGUCCAAAAGACCUUCGAUCUCUCUAAGGCUGGCGGAUUCGAAUUCGAUGUCACCUAUAACAAAGUGAAUAGCAAAGAAAAGAUAUUGAGUUCUCAAAAGAUCACUUUGCUAAUUACAGAAGCUCUUCAAGAGGUCGAAGCAAGAUUCAACAGACACUUUCAAAUACAAGAUGAGGAUAAAGAAAUGCGUGUAUUUGCACUAGAAACUCUUUCAAAUUUAUUAGGUGGAAUAGGAUACUUUCAUGGUACUCAGAUGGUUGAUAGGGAAACAACCUUAGAUGACGGGCAAUAUGAAAAGAUAGAUUUAGCGAAUGGACAUGAGGAAGGUCCUUUGAGUUUAUUCACAAGCGUCCCCAGCAGGGCAUUCUUUCCACGAGGAUUUUACUGGGAUGAAGGAUUUCAUCUUCUACAAAUAAUGGAAUAUGACUUCGACCUUGCCUUUGUAAUAAUGUCAAGUUGGUUUGACUUGAUUGAGGACAGUGGAUGGAUUCCCAGAGAAGUUAUUUUGGGAAAUGAGGCAAGGUCAAAAGUUCCAGAAGAAUUCACGGUUCAAAAUCCAAACAUUGCCAACCCGCCUGUCUUGCUUUUAGCAUUCAGCGAAAUGCUUGAUAAAGUGAUUGGCAAAAAGGAGAAUUUAGCCAUAAAUUUCUUUGGAGAUAACCGUGCGGACAACUUCGAGGAGACAAGUCAGCUAGAGAAUAAUGAAGAGCUAUUACUCGUUUAUGCAAAAAAAAUCUAUCCCAAGUUGCUGAGACAUUAUGAAUGGUUUAGAGAUUCCCAAAGGGGUUCAAUUGAUGAAUGGGAAGAGGUACUUGAAGAUGAAGAACUGUCAGAGGACAUCAGCAAAAAUGAAGUCUACUCUUGGAAGGGACGUACAAUUGAUCACUGUUUACCUAGUGGUCUGGAUGAUUACCCAAGGGCCCAGCCUCCUGAUAUCUCUGAACUAGACGUCGACGCCUUAGCAUGGGUUGGGGUCAUGACUAGGUCAAUGAGAAAAAUAGCCCAUAUAUUAAAUUUCGAAGAUGAUGAACGUCGUUAUGCAAAUAUUGAGAGCGAUAUCGUAAAAAAUUUAGACUUACUACAUUGGAGCGAGGAUAAUAGCUGCUAUUGUGAUCUGAUAGUUAAUGAUUAUUCAGAGGCGCGCGAAUUUGUUUGCCAUGAAGGAUACAUAUCACUGUUGCCGUUUGCACUGAAAUUAAUUCCCUUGAACUCUCCUCAUCUACCAGAUCUUAUCAAUCUAAUGGGCGAUCCACAGAAAUUACUUUCGGAUUUUGGGCUCUUAUCACUUUCCAGACAAGAUGAGUUUUUUGGUACAAAAGAGAAUUACUGGAGAGGGCCAAUCUGGAUGAACAUCAACUACCUGUGUCUUGACGCCAUUAAGCAUUACUAUCCUGAAGUAACAAAUGAUGAAAUAAAACAAAUGGAUGAAACAAGCAAAAAAGCUAAAGCCCUCUACGUGAAAUUGAGAGGAAAUUUGAUUUCGAACGUGUUUCGUGUUUGGAAAGAGAAGGGAUACUGUUAUGAAGCUUAUGAGCAGAAUACAGGAGAUGGCAAAAGUGCAGAACAUUUCACUGGUUGGACAGCGUUAAUCGUAAACAUUAUCGGGCAGAAAUAG